AUGAAGUUACAGGAUAGGGUCAACAACUACUUUGACCCUCCAAGGAAGUUGGUUCCGAGAACCGUUUUGUUCAACUAUGAGUCACUACCGGCUGACUUUGUCGAUGCAAAGACAGGAAGGCCUAUUGCCGAUUAUGAUAAGAACGAUAUCAGAACUUCAAAAUAUACCCCGUUUUCCUUCAUACCGAAAAACCUGUUCUAUCAGUUCCAAAACGUUGCUAAUGUCUAUUUCUUGACUCUUAUCAUUCUUGGAGCCUUCCAGAUCUUUGGUGUUCAAAACCCAGGGUUGGCUGCUGUGCCGCUGGUUGUGAUUAUAGUUCUUACUGCCAUCAAGGAUGGGUUUGAGGAUUCGAGAAGAACAAUAUCGGAUCUUGAAGUGAACAACAACCCUGUGACGAUUCUUUCAGGUAUACCAAACGUCAAUGUCGAUGGUGAGAACUUAUCUUUCAAACAGAAGUUUGACGAAUUCAACUCGACUCUGUUUAUCAAGAUUGUUAAAUUCUUUGGUAGAUUGUUUAGCAAGAAACAAGCUGCAAAGCAAAGAGAAGAAGCAUUGGAGAAACUGGCUGAAGCAAGAACGUCCUUUGAUACCCUCGCCACUGACAUUAGAAGUGUGAAUGAUAGCGUAGAUCUGACGACUACAAAUACAAACAUUCCUAUGAAUUUGCAGGAGAUCACCACUAGAGCUUCAAAGUCCGCACAACAAAAGGCUACAAAACGUACUAAGUUUGCUAAACGUUCUUGGAAGGAUAUCAAAGUUGGUGAUGUUAUUAGAAUUCGUAACAACGAAUCUGCCCCUGCUGAUCUCAUCAUCUUAUCCACUUCGGAGGAAGAGAGUAAGUGCUUUGUGGAGACAAAGAACUUGGAUGGUGAGACAAACUUGAAGGCUCGCCAGGGCUUGAAGCAUACAAGCACCAUUCGUAAAUCCGCAGACCUCCUCGAAUAUAAGUUUGAAGUCAGAUCUGAGGCACCUAGUGUUGAUAUGUACAAAUACAGCGGUUCUUUGAACUGGGAAGAGGAGGACGGAGAACAUGAAGAGCCUAUCAAUAUUGAAAACCUGAUCUUGAGAGGCUCUAAUUUGAAAAACACAAGAUGGGCAAUUGGCCUGGUGUUGUUUACUGGUCAUGAAAGUAAGAUCAUGUUGAACGCUGGUAUCACUCCUUCCAAACGUUCUAGAAUCUCUAAAGAGUUGAACUUGUCUGUUUUCAUCAACUUUGCCUUUCUAUUCAUUCUUUGUUUGGUCUCGGGUAUUGUUAACGGAUUCUUUUAUGCAAAGGACGACACAUCAUUUACCUUUUUCGAGUAUGAUGCUUAUGGAUCUACACCAGCUAUCAAUGGUAUCAUUUCAUUCUUUGUUGCUAUGAUCUUGUAUCAGGCCCUUGUCCCGAUUUCCCUGUACAUCUCUGUGGAAAUCGUUAAAACUGCACAGGCUUUUUUCAUUUACUCUGAUGUUGAGAUGUAUUAUGAACCAUUGGAUUACCCAUGCACUCCAAAAUCAUGGAAUAUAUCUGACGAUCUUGGUCAAGUUGAGUACAUCUUUAGUGACAAGACUGGUACAUUGACUCAGAACAUUAUGGAAUUCAAAAAAGCAACUGUGAAUGGUAAGAGUUAUGGCUUAGCCUACACAGAGGCACAGAUUGGUAUGGAUAAAAGAAAAGGUGUGGAUAUUUCGGCUUCUACUGAGAAAUGGAGAACUGCCAUCGCUGCUGAUAAGGAAGAGAUGUGUAAAGAAUUGGUUGCUCUUCCGCCAAAUAGUCAGUUUGAUCCGGAUCAGCUUACUUUUAUCUCUAGUGAAUUUGUGAAAGACUUGAAAAAUGGCGACCUCCAAGCCGAAGCCAACGACAGAUUCAUGUUAUAUCUGUCUCUCUGUCAUACUGUGCUCACUGAGCCAGAUCCAGAUGACACUUCAAGGCUUCUUUUCAAAGCUGAGUCUCCAGACGAAGCUGCUUUGGUUCAAGCUGCGAGUGAUGUUGGUUAUACAUUUACCAAGAGAACCAGAAAUGGUGGUGUUGUACGUAUCCAAGGCAAGGAACUGGAAUUUGAAAUCAUGGCAAUGCUCGAGUUUAAUUCCACAAGAAAAAGAAUGAGUAUUAUUGGAAAGGCCAAUGGCAAGAUUAUGUUGAUCACUAAAGGAGCAGAUUCGGUUAUCUUUGCAAGAUUGGAUCCAAAACUGAACAACCAGGAUAUGCUUCGCCAAACUGCAAGUUACCUUGAAGAAUACGCAAGCGAAGGCUUGAGAACUUUAUGUAUUGCAGGACGUGAACUCACUCAAGAGGAAUUUGAGACUUGGAAAGCUGAGUAUGAUUCUGCUGCCGCUUCCCUAGAACAUAGAGAUGAGAAGAUGGAAGCUGUUGCCAAUAAAGUUGAGUCAAAUUUGAUACUAUAUGGUGGCACUGCUAUUGAAGAUCGACUUCAAAUCGGUGUUCCAGAAUCUAUCGAGAGCUUAGGUAAAGCUGGAAUCAAACUUUGGGUCUUAACUGGUGAUAAGAUUGAAACUGCCAUCAACAUUGGGUUCUCUUGUAACCUUCUUGGUAACAAUAUGGAGCUGUUGAUUCUUCGUGAGAAUGAGGAUGAACAUGAUAUGCAGGGAAGUAUAGAAAAUUCACUGAAACAAUACCUCUCCAAGUUCUCACUCACUGGUUCUAAAGAAGAGCUUCAUCAGGCCAAGAAGGAUCAUUCUAUCCCAACAUCUGAAACUGCUGUUAUAGUUGAUGGUGGUGCACUCACUACGAUCUUUGAGCACGAGGACCUCGAGCGUAUGUUUCUGUUGUUGUGUAAGCAGUGUAAAGCUGUGCUCUGUUGUCGUGUUUCGCCAGCCCAGAAGGCCAAAGUGGUCAAACUGGUUCGUGAUUCUUUGGAUGUCAUGACUCUUGCCAUUGGUGAUGGUGCCAACGACGUUGCGAUGAUUCAAACUGCUAACGUUGGUGUCGGUAUUGUUGGUGAGGAAGGUCGCCAAGCUGCUAUGUCUGCAGACUAUGCAUUUGGUCAAUUUAGAUUCUUGACAAGGCUGGUGUUGGUCCAUGGAAGAUGGGAUUACAAACGACUCUCUGAAACCAUCCCUGUGUUUUUCUACAAGAAUGUCGUCUUCACGUUGACUCUGUUCUGGUACGGUAUCUUCAACAACUUUGAUGGAAGUUAUCUUAUGGAGUAUACCCUAAUUAUGUUCUACAACUUGGCCUUUACCUCCCUUCCGAUCAUCUUCUUGGGUAUCUUUGACCAAGACGUCGAAGCAGAUGUUGCCCUCAAAGUGCCACAGUUGUACAAGAGUGGUAUAUUGAGGCAAGAGUGGAACCAAUGGAAAUUCAUGUGGUAUAUGUUUGAUGGGUUGUACCAGUCUGCCGUCUCUUUCUUCUUCCCUAUUCUGAUCUUUACUGGAGGAAUCCUGGCCACGUAUAACGGAUUAGGAAUCGACCAUAGAUUCUGGAUAGGUAACAUGGUGUUGAUCAUCAGUGUUACCGCGUGUGACCUAUACACGAUCUUGAGACAGUACAGAUGGGACUGGCUGACUCUUUUGGUUGACACCAUCUCCGUUCUUCUUGUUUUCUUCUGGAUUGGCGUGUAUUCCUCUUCGACAUACUCUGGAGAGUUCUACAAAUCCGGGGCCCAGGUGUUCGGAUCGUUAUGCUUCUGGGUUGUUUACCUAGCUGGUGUAUUGGCAUGUCUGAUACCGAGAUUCGUCUUCAACACCGUGAUGAUCUGCUUCUUCCCACGAGACAUUGACAUCAUUAGAGAGUGUGUCGCCCGCGGAGACUUCACAAACGACAACACCUUCCCCCUUGACGACGAGGAAAAGGCUCUUGAUGGCGCAAGCAGUGGCACCGGCUCCUACAACAUCAACGCCAGACACUCCCUCGAGAAGGUUGUUACCCCAAGUAACCUACCAGAGCUUUCCACCGUGCAAUCAUUGGUUCGCACAUUCACCCAGGCUAGUACAAAUAUUUAG